GGCCAAUCACAAGCGAGCAAUCGCUUGUUUAUCUCAUUCGCGGUCACUCAAAAUUACGGCCGUCGUCAGGCUGCCUCUAGUGACAAAUUGGCCAAUCACGGGUGAUGAUCUGUUUAUCUUACCUGCAGGCUCAGUCCAAACCAAUUUGGGUACAUAGUUUCCUCGUAAUAGUCGCAUUUCCCCAGUCGCGAGAGAAAUUUUCACACCUGUGAUUUGUCUAUAACCACUUUACAUAUAAAAUGGAUAUAUUCGCCUAAAGCAGCUACACACCAAGGUUGGCUGCAUGACGUGUAUGGAUUGGUGUCCCAAGACAGUGCGGUGGGCAACCAUUUGGAGGAAUCCUACUCUCUGUAAUAUAACUGGUUGUAAAUAUAUAGCCUUUGAUUACGAGUGAUGGUUCUUAUUCUUACUGGCAUGCGACACUUGUAUGAUCAUCCUGGUAACCCGCUAUUUGCUUUCUGUUUUUCAGGUUAUUACUGGACGUUUAGCAGUACAGUGUGUUGGAUAGUUAGUUUUCAUUUCAGAUUCUUACGCAAUUUUACCGUCUUGAUAAUCACCGUGAAAAAUAUGAACAAUCUGCAAUUUACUUGCCAUGUCUGCAAUGUGCGGUGUGAUACUGAAAGUGUUCUUAGAUUACAUGAACAAGGGAAAAAGCAUCGUUCAAAAUGCCUUAAUUUCCAAAAAAAUAACUCAUCCGGUCAUAUUAACCAACCAUUGAAAGUCUCACUACCGGUACUUAACACACCUGAAUCAACGUCAUCUAAAGAUCUAUCUUGGGAAAUGCGUAAACCUUCUCCUAGAAUAGUGACAAAUUCAACUUCUGUACCUCAAUCACUUGUAGACAUGCCUUCUGUUGAUUCCAACACAAAAUUAAAUGAAGAUAUAAAGCCGAAAUUUUUGAAUCCUGAUGGCAGUUUCUCUUGUAAUUCGUGUGAUGCAAGAAUGAAUUCUUGGGAGCAAUUAGCAGCUCAUCUUCGUGGACGUAAACACCAAAUUAAAUCAAAUAUCAACAUAAGAGACCUCAAACAUUUGGAAUCUAUAACCACACCACCAGAUGGCGGUGAUGCAAAAAGUAUUUUCUUUCGAUGUGAAGAUUGUGAAGCUAUAGUAUUCAGUUCAGCGAUGCGAGAACAUUUAGCCUCCGAAGAGCAUAAAUUGGAAACUGCCAAGAUCCAUCGAAGCUCAGUAUUAGCACAUCCCAGUAGUAAUGGUAAUAUUGAUCAUGUCCUUCCACUACGGGAAUAUGGUCGAUCGUGUAAAGAAGUUUUGCGUCCUGUAUGGCCUUCAGUGAAAUUUACUGAUGCAGAGGCUGCACUUUUAACGGAAGCAGCGAAAAAUGAUGAUGAUUGUAUUUUACCCUUGUUGUCACCUGAUGGUCGAUCACGUGUUGGUCUACAUUUAGCCGAUGGUCUGUUGACAGUUAAUCGAAAUUUUCCUGGGUCCUGUGUUUCUGUUAAUCCGUUGCAACCAAAUACUACUACUACUACUGAUAUUACAUGCGUGCUAUGGAUUGCACCCGAGAAACCAAUGACGUCACACCGUACUCAUUCUACGUUUACAUUUCAACCGGGUGGUGAGACAAGUUCAAAUGGGCGUCCAUUGAUUUUUGCAUAUCCACCUUUCGAUCCGUCAGUCCUAUCAGGAGUUGAUAUCGUGAGAACAGAUUCUGAUGGCUUUAAGACACAUUUGGCCUGGUUGCUUAUGCAACAGAAAUUUUUAUGUGCUAUUAUUAUCGAGGAUGUGAAAGCUAUAUAUAGAGAUGAAGAGUUUUGUCAAUUGCUCAAAUGCUAUCUAAAAGUCUAUUCUCAUCACAAUAAUCGUGGUCGAAUCAUUUGUUUCAGCGAAUCAAAAGUUGAACCUGGCGGUGUAUUUUCAUCUUUCACACAGUACAAAUCACAUGAAUGGUGAAGUAUGAAUGAGGAGUAUUAUUGUGACAGUUGAUGAGGAUCAGGCUGAGGAGGAGGAUGACGAUGAAACAUACCAAAAUUAAUCCCAGUGUUUAAUUAUUCAGAUCAUUUGUUUUAUUACCUAAUUAUAAUCACUUCUGAUUGGUGUUUCUGUACAGUUGUUUUUUUCAAUUUCUAUCAUAACUACUAACUAUCACUAUAUAUAUAUAUAUAUAUAUAUAUAUAUAUAUAUAUAUAUAUAUAUCACAACAGCAGCAACAACUACUGAGAUAUUGAUGUUUUGUUUCUCAAGUCUGCUUGCUUGCUUACUUAUUUUCUGGAACAAAUUAGAAAAAUCAUGCUUGUAUAAUUUUGAAAAAAAAACAAGAAAUCGCCUGAUUUGCUUUUGCUCUUCUCUCUUUCCCAUUCCUUCAUAUUUUAGUGUAAAUUGGCGCUGAAUUCUGAUAGAUCACUUCCUCCCCCUCCUCCUUCUUCCUAUUUUCGAGUUAAAUUAUUCCAUAUAUAUUUUUUGUUAUCUCACUCAGAUUUUAUUGAAAUUGAUUAAAUAUAAUAUAUAUAUAUUUAUUGAUUACCGUUAUUAUUAUUAUUAUCAUUAUUAUGACCU